AAUUAAAUAUGGUUGUAUUUCAUCGACGACGUAAUGAAAACCUAAAAGCUACCACCGAUGAUUCACCAAAAACUGAAACCUCUUUCGAUGGCAACACAUCCUCAAUUUUUAAUAAUAAGAAACUAUUAUUAUCUUCUCUAAUAUUAUUCAGGCUAUUUAAUGCGCUUAUAACAAAAACAUUUUUUAGUCCGGACGAAUAUUGGCAAUCCGUCGAAGUUGCUCAUUACAUGAGUAAGCCAUUAUCUAAUACUCAGAUAUACGCGCCAAGACUUUUACAAGCUGUUUUCGCUGCCAUAAGUGAUUUUCAUUCAUAUUAUCUGGCUAGAAAUUUAUUUACUGAUUCAUCUGCGAAAUGGACUCAUUGUCUUAUUGGCCCUGGCCUUCAUUGCCUACACCGAGAAAUUGGAAUGAGCGAGAAAGUUAUCUCUGGAAUUGGUAUUGACGAAAUUUCCAACAUGAAAAUUUCUCGUUUAACGAACUCUUCCACAAGUUCAAAAAAUUCUACAUUGUUAAAAUUUUCCAUAAUAUUUUUGAUAGUUACAAAUGUUCCUAUGGCAUAUUAUACUGCAACAAUUCAUCAAAGUGGUGUCAUAGAGGUUAUGGACUAUUUGAGAGAUGAAGCUGAUAAAGGGAAUGUUAAAAAUAUUGGAUUUUUGGUACCUUGCCACUCAACUCCAUUUUAUAGUAAUUUGCAUAGAAAUUUAGAAAUGUGGUUUUUAACUUGUGAACCCCCCGUGAAUCAUAAUAUCAAUCUAGAAGAUUAUUUAGAUGAAGCAGAUCAAUUCUAUAAAAACCCUCUUGAUUUCAUUUAUGCUAAUUUUGAGCAACCGACUUUUAACAAUUCAUUCUCGAAUAAUUCAUUACGAAAAUGGCCAAGUCAUUUAAUAAUUUUUGAGAUAUUGUUGAAAGACAUUGAGCCCGUCUUGAAACAAUUGGAGUACUAUGAGUCAGAAAAUGGUCUUAAGCGGCACUAUAGUACAAUUAAAAAGUACAAUAUACCACAUAGUGAUCUUGAUACAAUUCCAACAAGUUCAUUGCAAGAAUUUAAAAAUAUUUUAAUUCAUCAAAUACAUCGUCAAUUACCAUUAAGCUUUACUAGAAUGGGACGAAAA